AUGCACCUGCGCCCGGGGGCUUCGCUGCUCGCGGAGAGCCGAGCUGCCGCCGUCCGUCGGCCCUCGAUACUCUCGCCCCCGUCAGACUGCCGCAGAGCCGCCUCGCUGCACCUCAGGAUACGCCACCAGAGAGCCGCCUACCACAACUCGCCGAGACGCUCCUCGGCAUGGGGCGCCGCCGUCCAGGUCGCCGGCAACAUCGUGUCCAAUGCCGUCUCGAGAGCCACCUCCAAGGCCGACAGCAUGCAGAUCGACCCGCUGCGCAUCGUCGCCAAGGAGAUGAAGUUCUUGACGGGGAACAUCCGCCAGCUGCUGGGAUCCGGCCACCCCUCGUUGGACAAGGUGGCCAAAUACUACACCCAGGCCGAGGGAAAACACGUCCGGCCCAUGAUCGUGCUGCUCAUGUCCAGGGCCACGGCCCUGUGCCCCAAGGCGCCCCAGCUCCCACCUGCCGACACCACUGAGAGGAUCAACACGUCCAUAUCGCCAUUGGACAUCCUGAGUGAUGCCAACCCCUCGACGCCCCUGACCGAUUUCUCUUCCGACCCGCAGUCGACUGAGAGCGAUAUUCUUCCUUCCCAACGGCGGCUUGCUGAGAUCACCGAACUGAUCCACACGGCCUCGUUACUCCACGACGACGUUAUAGAUCAUUCUGUCGCAAGGCGCGGCUCGCCGUCUGCGAACCUGGAGUUCGGAAACAAGAUGGCCGUUUUGGCCGGGGACUUCCUGCUCGGGCGUGCCUCGGUAGCCCUGGCAAGACUGCGAAACGCCGAGGUCGUGGAGCUUCUGGCCACCGUAAUCGCUAACCUGGUCGAGGGCGAGUUCAUGCAGCUGAAGAAUACGGCGCGCGAUGAGCGCAACCCCAAGUGGUCCGAGGAGACCAUGACGUACUAUCUCCAAAAGACGUACCUGAAGACGGCCAGUCUGAUCUCCAAGUCGUGUAGGGCAUCUGCCCUGCUAGGCCGCGCCGACGCCACAACGGUAGAGGCAGCCUACGCCUAUGGCAAGAAUCUCGGUCUGGCUUUCCAGCUGGUGGACGACAUGCUGGACUACACUAGGAAUGAGAAGGAUCUAGGAAAGCCGGCUGGCGCGGACUUGGAGCUGGGUCUCGCAACCGCCCCAUUGCUCUUCGCUUGGAAGACGAACCCGGAGCUGGGCUCCUUGGUGGGUCGAAAAUUCGAAAGAGAAGGCGACGCUGAGAGGGCCCGAGAGUUGGUGCUUCAAAGCGACGGCAUAGAACAGACCCGCGCCCUGGCCGAGGAUUACUCGCAGCAAGCCAUUGCUGCGCUCAACACCUUUCCUGACAGCGACGCCAAGGAUGGCCUCAUCGAGAUGGCCAUGAAGACGUUGAAGCGGCAAAAGUAG